GAAAAGAAGACAGUUUUUCGUGUUAGUGUGUAUAUAAAAUCCGAUAGGUAAUUUCACUCUAAGAGACCCCCCUCUCUCUCUACAAUCAGCGGUGAUUUUUGUUUAUAAUAGGAGGAUCUGAUGUACUCGCUCGUGGAUCUCAGCUAUAUUCACGAUCAUGAUGGCCCUUGAAAAUUCUGAAAAUAUGCAAAUAAACUGUGAGGCAUCUUUAAAAUGCCUCCAGGGCAAGGGAUUUCCUUGCAAUUUUCAAAGUAAUGGGAAUUCUAUGGAAGGCUUUACAGAGCUUAAAAAUGAGCCUGGUACUCACCCUGCUGGGGAUGUUGCUGACCCUAACUGUCACUUAGGAAGUGAGUUUCUUGAGCCUUCCAAUGAAUUCCACACAAAACCUACUUAUCACCAAAAUUACAGCACCUGGACGCCCUGCCAUUUUAACUCUCACAAGGUGCAGCAAUGCCAAAUGAAUGCUUUUGAGAGCCAUUAUUAUCCUUAUCCUGUUGAGAACCCACUUCAGUAUGUUCCUAUUAAUAUGGUUGCACAGGGUUACCCGCGUGAGCAAUAUCAGGAAUUUCAGUAUUUUGUGGUGAUAGACUUUGAGGCUACUUGUGACAAAGAUAAAAACCCCCACCCUCAAGAAAUAAUUGAGUUUCCAUCUGUUAUAGUGAGUAGCAUCACUGGCCAGCUGGAAGCGUGUUUUCAAACAUAUGUGAGGCCCACCUGCAAUCAGCUUCUGACUGAUUUCUGCAAGGAUCUGACUGGUAUCCAGCAAAUUCAGGUGGACAGAGGUGUUACAUUGAGUGAGGCUCUACUUAGGCAUGACAAAUGGCUUGAGAAGAAGGGAAUAAAGAAUUCCAACUUUGCUGUGGUUACAUGGUCCAACUGGGAUUGUCGGGUGAUGCUUGAAUCUGAGUGCCGAUUCAAGAAGAUACGGAAGCCUCCUUACUUCAACCGCUGGAUCAACUUGAGGAUUCCUUUCCGUGAGGUAUUUGGUGCUGUGAGGUGCAAUCUAAAGGAAGCUGUUGAGAUAGCCGGCUUGGCCUGGCAGGGACGUGCACAUUGCGGCCUUGAUGAUGCCAAAAAUACUGCUCACCUAUUGGCACUUCUCAUGCACCGGGGUUUUAAAUUUUCCAUUACCAAUUCCAUAAUGUGGCAGACAGCUGAUCGACCACUGAUGUGGAAACAGUCACCAGAACAACCAAUUGUUUUCCCGCAUUCCCCCUAUAAAGCAAAGGAUAUCACUAUCCCCGUGGUUCAGUAUCACCCUUUCUGCUUUUGUGGGGUGAAAAGCAGCAGGGGCAUGGUGAGGAAGCCGUGUCCCAAGCAAGGGAGCCUCUUCUUUGGAUGUGGAAAUUGGACUGCGACUAGAGGUGCUCACUGCCGUUACUUCGAAUGGGCUUCUAACUGAAUGCAACUUUUGAUCUACUAUGAUCAAAAUCCUAAGUUUGGGUUAUGAUAAGUUCUAUGUAAAAAAAAUGAAAAAAAAAAUAAGAAAAAAAGAAAGAAAGAAAGAAAAAGGAAGAGGAAGUGUGGGUUAUGAUAAGUAGUGUUGUCUCUAGUGGAAGCAUGUAUUCCUGGCUGCGUGGUAAGGUUUCUGCUUCUUGAUGAAGUGUAGAGAAAUUAGUUGCCUCAAAUUGCUAUAUUCUGUGACUGCUAAACAUCAAUAGUAGUCUGUCUUUGACUAAAGAGAGAGGGAGCUUCAACCUGUAAAGUUGACUUGUUGACUGGAGAACCAUUGGGGGAAUAUGUGAGGAAUGGGUAGUAGUUAGGAUUGAUGCUUUUACAUGCCAAGGCAUGGUAAGUUAUCUUUUAAAUAAUCCGUGAAAAUAGGACUCGGUGUUUUCUUGCUCUGAAUGGGAAUCGCUAUAGUUUCCUGUGCCC